AUGGGAAAAAUUGAAGUUUUCCCAGAAGAAGUGGUCCAUUUUCGCAGGUUGGACAAGCUACACGUAUUUCAGGCUACCUGCGUGCGACUCAGGGCGGCCGUAAUCGGCAUCGAUGAUGAGGACGACUCCACGUUUACCAUCACUGUCGACCACAAGACCUUCCACUUCCAGGCGCGCGACGGGUCGGAACGCGAGCGCUGGGUGCGCGCGCUGGAGGAGACGAUCGCGCGGCACGGGCGCCGCGAGCGCUGGUCGCGCGCCGUGCCAGCGCCCGCACACCGCCACUGCGACCUCGAGCGCCGCGUCGCUGAGGCCGACGCCUACCUGCAGAUCAUGAUCGAACUCGUCUCGAAAAUGAGCACACGUGUGUCGGAAUUGGGGGAUCCACAAGAAAAAAUUAAGGGUCAAGUUAUUUUAGACCAUUCCAAUGUGAUGUUAGACAACAUAAAACAUUCCAUAGUGCUUCUACAGAUAGCUAAGAACACCGUAAAUCCCGUAAAUGGUGUGUAUACAGGUCCAACGAGCUCGUCACAAUUGCAUAUCCAAGAAGGAGAGGACCUGUCUCCGCGCGUGGAGCUGGGCGCGGAAUGCCGUGAGCUUGUGUCGCCGUCUCUGCCGAUGACACCCCUCGAGCAUAUUGAUGCGCCCAGGCAAGCGAUGACCCUCCUGGUCCCGGAUACGUCGUACUCCUCGUCGGAGGGCGAAGACGACUUCUUCGACGCAGACGACGAACCUGCCGACUUGACGCCGCCUGGGCCCAGCGCGAGCCGCACCUACCCAGUGGAAGGGCUGGUGGAACAGGAGACCCCCACUCCCACCACCGUCGACCUCCCGCGCACCAACGACGGCGAGAUCGACUACGAUGCGCUGUACGAAGAUGAGUCUGACAACGAUCUGGGCUCGAUGGAGAACCACGGCUCCGUCGUUACACAUCUGCUGUCACAGGUCAAGAUCGGAAUGGAUCUCACUAAGGUUGUGCUGCCCACAUUCAUACUAGAGAGGCGAUCGCUGCUCGAGAUGUACGCCGACUCUUUCGCGCAUCCUGACCAGUUCGUCAAAAUAGUUGACAUGCCCACGCCUAAGGAGCGAAUGGUGCAAGUGGUACGGUGGUACUUGAGCUCGUUCCACGCUGGUCGCAAGUCGCAAGUUGCCAAGAAGCCCUAUAACCCCAUAUUGGGGGAGGUGUUUCGCUGCCAUUGGGAUCUGGACGGCUCUACCGACACACAAAAUACAUCCACUGAAAAGCAUGAGGUAGGCGACGGUCCGGUUCCAUGGUGUUCGCCGGACCAACUGUCGUUCGUCGCGGAACAAGUGUCCCAUCAUCCACCAAUAAGCGCCUUCUAUGCAGAGCAUGUGAAUAAGCGCAUCCAGUUCGAAGCCUGGGUGUGGACGAAAAGCAAGUUCCUCGGCUUGUCCAUUGGCGUGCACAACAUUGGGCGCGGUGUCGUAACGCUGCUGGACCUCGGGGAAGAGUACAGCGUCACGUUUCCCAAUGGAUAUGGACGUUCGAUACUCACAGUUCCAUGGAUCGAGCUCGGCGGUCAGGUGUCAAUAGAGUGUCCGCAAACGGGGCACAAGGCGAACGUUGAAUUCCUCACGAAACCGUUUUACGGGGGCAAGAAGCAUCGAGUCACUUGCGAAGUGUUCGCUGGCAGUGAUAAAAAGCCGUACUACACAGCUCAGGGCGAGUGGAAUUCCAGGAUGGACGGCAGGUGGACAGAGUCUGGGAAAACAGAAGUAGUGUUCGAGGUGGCAAACAUGAAGCCGCGGCGCAAACUUGUGUCGCCGGUGUCGCGGCAGCCGGCGCACGAGUCGCGGCGCGUGUGGCGCCACGUGACCGCCGCGCUGCGCGCCGCUGACACCGACGCCGCCACCGCCGCCAAGCGCCGCCUCGAGCAGCAGCAGCGCGACGGCGCCAAGCGCCGCGCCGACGCCGGCGAUAAGUGGCUCACACAGUUAUUCAGCCCUAAAGGCGAAGACGGUUGGGAGUACAACACACCGCUCAAGAAACGCCUAGACACAUCAAAAGGCACACCGCAACGGAAACCUGCCAACAAUGCCGAAGGCCCCAGAUAA